AGAAAAAUUCGCCGGACCAGCGCCAUUACAUUACCAUCUUAAUACCUCAUCUCGUUGUCACUUGUCACCACUAGCUUUGCCGCUUUGGUUAUGUCCACGUAAGAGCAGUUUGGGGAAGUAUCAAAGAGGGAGAAUUUUCGAGGUCUAACAAUGGCGGCAGUCGCCAGAGUAGAGGUUACAUUUCGUAGCUGCUAGAUUCUGUUGCCAACUCUCUCACUUCCUUGCUAAGUCACCGGAGUUUUCUGUUCUUUGCCUUCAAUUCUUGUUAUCCCUCACAAAUUUUGUAAUUCGAAAUCAGAUCCGCGAUUUCACCACCGAGAAAUUUUUUCGUGUGCUUCGAACCAUUUUCAUGAGUUCAGAACUGUGACAAUCCCUCGAUUAUAAGAGAUGAGCUUGGCGAUUAGCGCUUCGUUGUGCUGUGGAACUGGGAGGACAUGGGUUAACCCUAGCUGCUCGAACCUUCAUCCCAAUUCCAAACAGCAUCUACCCAGGAAGAAGAAGAAGAAGUUCUCUUGUUUGGCGGCUGUAGCGGCCGGCGUUGCUCGGGUACCCGAGUUUCAGCUUGAGGAAAAGAAGCAUGAUUUGCUGAGAGCCGUCCAAGAGACCCAACGAGGGCUUGUUACCACUGCUGAUCAACGUUCCGUGAUUGAGGAACUUCUUGUUCAAUUGGAAGGACGCAACAAUGGUGCCCCAAUUGACCUGGUGCAGCUAGAUGGAACUUGGCGCCUGCAGUAUACUUCUGCCUCCGAUGUCGUCGUGCUAUUCGAGGCUGCUGCUAGGCUUCCUUUCUUUCAGGUUGGGCAGAUAUACCAGAAAUUUGAGUGUCGGGAUCGGUCUGAUGGUGGUGUCAUCCGCAAUGUUGUUCAGUGGAGUGUUCCUUCAUUGUUAGAGGAACAAGAGGGAGCCACUCUUCUUGUUACAGCCAAAUUCGAUGUUGUUUCUGCACGCAAUGUCUAUCUUCAGUUUGAAGAGAUAAGCAUACAGAACAUUAAUAUAAGCGAACAACUCCAAGCUGCAUUAGCUCCAGCAAUCCUGCCACGUACAUUUCUAAGUUUACAGAUCUUGCAGUUCAUCCGGCAAUUUAAAGCUCAGAUUCCUGUAACAAGCCCCAAUCCAGGGAGGUAUAUCUGCGAUCUGCAGGAGGGCUGUAUUACCUUUCAUACCUGGAUAAGAAUAUGCUCUUGGGGAGAUCUGUCGGGGGAGGUGGAGUUUUCGUGUUUACCAAAGCUCAGCCUCUUCAAUUCUGAAGAGGCAAAUAAGCUCCCUUGGCUGCUGGUUCUACUUACAGUAGAAAGCCUCUUCUGCCAUGGGGUUCUAUAAUGUUUCGAUGAUUCUAAGUGAGCUGAAAGGCACGACAAGAAUUCUUCUUCCGGAAGUAUGCAGAAAGUGUUCUUCUCUGGUAUGUACAGGCUGCAACAGUAUUGUCAUGCAAAAGGUUCAUAACAGAUUUGUCUUGGUCAUGUCAUUCGUUUUGUAUGCCGAACACUUUGUUAUACUUAUUCAAAGGAGUGCAUUGUCAACGGCUUUACGAGUGCGCCAUCCUCGCUAUAAGACCUUCGACUGCCGAUGCUUGUUGCCAGUAAGGAGACUGGGAACUGAGCGAACUGAACUUAAGAGAGGAAAAGGAAAGAGGGAACGAAGAAGACGAAUACAUCCGUGACUGUAAAUCAUCUUCUUCGUUCUUUUUACCUUUCCGUGGGCCAAAAGAAGUUUCCGGGCUAAAUUGCUAAGUAACAGUGUGCUGGGCUUAAAUUAAAAUAGGGACAUAGGCUGAGCCCACUGCCUACAAGCUAAUAUAUUUGGUCCGCAAGCUUUGCUGCUAAACGAGAACAGAGGACUCAACUAAAAUAUCAGUGUAAUUUAAU